GAGACUGGCCGGUGAAGGACUACCCGGGAGCGGGAGCCGCGGGGUCUGCGAGCUCCUGGAGGGUCAAACGGCCGCGAGCGUUGCUUGCAGAUCCUUCUCUGCCUCCAUAGCAGGACAUGUGCUCAGUGCCUGGCCCAGAGUCCAGAUGACGCUCCUACGGAUGGUUUCCGUGAUGGCGGUGGCUGAACCGAAAUGGGUGUCGGUUUGGGGCCGAUUCCUGUGGGUGACCCUGUUGAGUAUGGCACUGGGGUCACUGCUGGCCCUGCUGCUGCCUCUGGGGGCCAUCGAAGAACAGUGUCUGACUGUGCUGAAAGGUUUCUACCUGCUCAGAAACAAACUGGACAGGGUGCAGCACACUGUCACCAAGUGUACCAGCUCAUCCACAGAGCUCAGUGUCACCUCCAAGGAUGCAGGACUACUUGUGAUCAGUACCAGGGCAUCGCCAGCGAACAAGCUGGAAGCUAAGGCAGCUCUGAACCAAGCCCUGGAGAUGAAGCGCCAGGGCAAGCGGGAGAAGGCCCACAAGCUCUUCCUGCACGCCCUCAAGAUGGAUCCGGCCUUUGUGGAUGCACUAACUGAGUUCGGCAUCUUCUCUGAAGAGGACAAGGACAUCAUCCAGGCAGAUUACCUAUACACCAGGGCGCUGACCAUCUCGCCCUUCCAUGAGAAAGCGCUGGUUAGCCGGGACCGGACACUCCCGCUGGUGGAGGAGAUCGACCAGCGCUACUUCAGCGUCAUCGACAGCAAAGUGAAGAAGGUCAUGUCCAUCCCCAAGGGCAGCUCAGCUCUGCGCAGGGUCAUGGAGGAGACCUACUACCAUCACAUCUACCACACUGUCGCCAUCGAGGGCAACACCCUCACCCUGUCCGAGAUCAGGCACAUCCUGGAGACCCGCUACGCCGUGCCGGGGAAGAGCCUGGAGGAGCAAAACGAGGUGAUCGGCCUGCAUGCCGCCAUGAAGUACAUCAACACCACCCUGGUCUCCCGCAUCGGGUCCGUCACCAUCGGCGACAUGCUGGAAAUCCACAGGCGGGUGCUGGGGUACGUGGACCCGGUGGAGGCCGGCAGGUUCCGGACGACCCAGGUCCUGGUGGGCCACCACAUCCCACCCCACCCCCGGGACGUGGAGAAGCAGAUGGAGGAGUUCACGCAGUGGCUGAACUCUGAGGACGCCAUGAGCCUGCACCCCGUGGAGUUCGCGGCCUUGGCCCACUACAAGCUGGUGUACAUCCACCCUUUCGUGGACGGCAACGGGAGGACCUCCCGCCUGCUGAUGAACCUCAUCCUGAUGCAGGCCGGCUACCCCCCCAUCACCAUCCGCAAGGAGCAGAGAUCCGAGUACUACCACGUGCUGGAAGUCGCCAACGAGGGGGACGUGCGUCCUUUCAUCCGCUUCAUUGCAAAGUGCACCGAGACCACGCUGGACACCCUGCUCUUUGCCACCACCGAGUACGCGGUGGCGUUGCCAGAAGCCCAGCCCAACCACUCUGGGUUCAAGGAGACCCUUCCUGUGAGGCCCUGACCCCGCCAGCCCCCCCUGCUGACGCGGGAAGCCUGGAGGACCGGCUCAGAGAGUUGGCAUUUCUUCAGACCCGAGUAUCUCCGACAGCAAAGAGAGACUGCUAGACAUUCUUUACCUCCAAGUUUUGUUUUUUUUUUUGUUUUUUUAGUUAAAAAGUGAGAAAAACUAAAUUAUUAAGCCUUGUCUCUAGGAUAAUUUAUAGUUAAGCCAGUUAUUAUUUAUUCUUUUGAGCAAGCUAGGAGUAUCCUUUGGUGUCCCUAUGGUGGUCACUCUGCAAGUGUUCAUCCCAGCAAUGCUCCUGUGUGACCAGAACCGAACCCACAUUCUGGACAGAAUUUGCACUAAGGUGAGGGAGAGAGGCCAGAGCAGUGGGACGGGGACGGGGCCACAGCUCUUUCUCUGAAAUGGCUUCAAGGCCCUGUAACCCGCCGUUCCGAGAAAUGGCCGUGAGCUGCGCCACCAGGAGACAGGUAGAGGCUUGUACUAGCUGAGCAGCCUUUUGAGUUUAGAAGCCAGCAGUGACAUUUCCAGAAGCUGUCUUUUCACACUGGGGCAGUGUUUCUUGCUGAGGAGGGGCAGCCAGCCUGGCUCUGGUCGGUGUGUCCCUGUUCCUCUGGCAUUUCAUUUGCAGCAAGCCAGGCCAGAAAUUUUAGUCUAAGAAGUUGCCAGGGUUUGUCAGCUCGCACCUCCCUCUCAAUCUCCUGAAGGGGAAAUGUUCACAUGCUUGAAAAGCUGUAGAGGUGCAGCAGUAACCUUGCAUGCACCGAGCCCUGGGACUCCUCCCCAGCACUGUGAAAAUGAACACACCUAAGAUGCUGGGCCACCCCGUUACAAGGAAUUCACCCGAACAUCCGUGACCGCAGCCAAGUUAUGUACCUUUUGUCCUGUGGCUUUAUCCACAUACUGCCCCCCCUCCCCCAUAAGCCAUGAUACUUCCCAGCAUCCCCUUGGGGAAGUGAGAGAUUGCCUCAGAGUGGCCUUAUUUUUCUAGCAACUUGCAAAGUGGUACAACAUCCUGUGAAAUACAGCCAGGUUUCCCAGUUGUCACCUUCAGGAAAUAGAAGAGACUUCUUUCAAUCAUUUAAGGUUCAAGUGCCAACCUGACUGCUGCUAUUUAGAGUAAGAAUGAGCUGGGCGUGGUGGCUCAUGCCUUUAAUCCCAGCACUCGGGAGGCAGAGGUGGGAGGACUGCCAUGAGUUCGAGGCCACCCUGAGAUUCCAUAGUGAAUUCCAGGUCAGCCUGGGCUACGGUGAGACCCUACCUCGAAAAACCAAAAAAAAAAAAAAAUUCAGAACGACUGGAAAUCACUGGGUUUUGUUCAAAGUGACAGAGCCACGGUGAUAUCCAACACUAUGUACGCGCACUUUGUCACUGUUUGAAUGACGGUGAGCUUACGCAAGGCAUCAAAUCUCCCAGAGUUAGGUGGUCCCUACUAGAUGCAGCAAGAGCGUCUGAAGUUACUAGUUGGAUUUUUCUGAGAAGUUAAGAAAAAUUAGCCGGGUGUAGUGGUGCACACCUUUAAUUUUAGCACUCGAGAAGCAGAGGUAGGAGGAUUACUGAGUUCAAGGCCAGCUGGAAACUACAUAGUGAAUUCCAGGUCAGUCUAGGCUAGAGUGAGAUCCUACCUUGGGGGGAAAAAAAAAAAAAGAUUAGUGAAAAGCUGCAAGGGUGACAUGUUUUCAUAGAGGCUCAGCCACGAGCACCUCUGUCUUGGAUUUACUCACCACGAAGCUGCACGCCGUGUCUUGCUCUGUCGUGUGGUGGGAAUUUGCACUUUAGAUAUAUGUGAAGGAUGUUAUUUAACAAAUUACUGGUUCUAAAUAAAGUAUUUUAUUACACA